ACAGCAAUUGUUGGCUUUGUUGCACACUUGUAUAUAACAAAAAUAACAAAAUACAGCAAUUGUUGCAGAAUGGUCAUGUUUCGUAUUACGUUGUACCUCGUUUUGUUCGGAUUAUCUCUUGCUGGCCCGGGUCCAUAUACCUGGUCACCGUUCGUGCCCCUGUUUCCUGGUGAAGGUAGCCGAAUUUUGCCAAGUGCAAGACAUAUCGUACGCAGGCUACUCGGAUCAACGGUUGUGUAUACUGUGGAUCGGGUCUUUCGAGCCAUAGAGAACCCUAAUAUUUACAGAAUGCAAGUUGAAACUGCCGGAAUAGGACCAUUUCGGCGAUUCUGUAGGGGCGUCAUAUUGUGGGAUAGUAGGCCACGUCUCAUUCCCCAAAGCUGGGCCAUGUGCGGAAUAUAGCGACAAGUGGCGUCAUGAACAGCAGCAGCCUUUGAAUAGAAGAAGUGUAUUAUGAUUAUCACCAUUUCUUAAAUUAGAGUUAAUGAUGAGUAAUAAUGAUAAUAGACGGUUAAAAAGCUAAAAUUGUUCUUUCUAUUACAAAUACAUGUAUACCUACUACACAAUUUUGAAUUGUUUUGCAUCUAGCAAGUUAGCAACUUCUAGUUGUAAUGGGGAGCUGUAAAAUAUGAAAUCACUACUAAAUCUUUAAAUUGUUAUUUUGAACCAUUUAACACUUACUCGGUACAUCAUGUCGCGAACGAACGCAUUUCACAAACGCGAUAAGUUUUAAUGAACCAUCCCAUUUUGAGUUUCUUGAAUGUUUCUGUCAUUUAGAUACAGCAUUGGCAACUUCUUUUAUCCAUGUGACAUCCCCUGUUGACAAAAAAAGAAUUUCAUACUCCUAAAUAAGUUAAAAUGUAUAAUAUUAUAUACAAAAAGCGUACAUCUUGU